UUGAUGUACACAAGUGUGUUCCAGAAGUCAGGCGUUUAUUUCCUCCUCUCAUCCAAAGAAAUCCUCCCUGCCUUUUCCCAGUGAAUACUGAUACCUGGAACACCAAGGGCAGUUCUGUGCCAAGCCACAAGAAGAUUGAAAGCCCAGGACUUCCCCUGAGGCACCAGCUUCCUUUUGAAUUUGGGGCAAAAGGAAAAUCUUCCUAAGGGUACAAACUUAAGAACUUCCUUCUGGUUCACAUUUCAAACAAGGAUGUACUCAGUCCACACCCUGGCACCAUGGUCAGAGUGAACAGGCGGAGUUCAGGAGACCUAGGCACAGAGCACUUUUCUGAGAAGUGGACCAGCGAACCUUCGGCUUCCAGCAAACAAUUUGCAUUUUAUUAUGGAAAUGAAAUCUAUAAACAAGAUUACUUCAUUAAGUCGCCACCUCCCCAGCUGUUCUCCUCCACAGGCUCUUGGAAAAGGCGUUUUUUUAUCCUGUCGAAGAGUGGGGAAAAGAGACUUAGUCUUGCCUAUUACAAAGACAGCCAUCACCGCGGUUCCAUUGAAAUUGAUCAAAGUUCCAGGGUCGAGGUUGGCAUAACGAUCCCGGAAAAGCUACAGUCUGUACAGAAGAUGUUUAAGUGCCAACCGGAUCAGGUGAUGUCCAUCAGAACCACCAACAGGGACUAUUUCCUUAUUGCUGAAGACAGGGAGAAGAUUAAAGACUGGGUCUCCUUCUUGUCAUCAUUUUGCCGGGGUAUAAUAGCCACUCAUCAGCAUACCGAGGAUGUUCCAUGCUUACAGCAGAAGCAAAGCCAAGGAGGAGGAGGGGGAAAGCAGGCAUCUACACAAGGCCUCAGUGACGACAGCGGAGGAGACAGGGACGGAUGCUCUUUGGCUGAUAAAAGGCCCACUUCUGAUCCCAGCCUUUCCUUCAAUCCUUCAAGAACAUUGAACUCUGUCAGCCCCACCUCAUCCAGGACCAGUCUUCCAGACAUGCAUCUAAUGGAAAAAAGCCUUCCAGGCUUCGGGCAAGCUCGUCUUUCACGUGUUUCCUCAUCAGAGGCCGAUGAGGACACUGAAGAAGACAGCCACUACCUUACUCCUCGAAGUGUUCUCUUAGAGUUGGAUGAUGUUAUUGAUACCAAUGAUUCAGGGGAAUCCGUUGAACUUGGCUGUCCAAAUGAGGAAGUUGAGCAUGAUUAUAUGCCAAUGAAAUCCUUUUUCUUCGAAGAAACACCCCAUGUGCCUGCUGAUCGCCAAGGGGAAUCCCAGAGCUUUUCAGAGAUCCGGGGUGGGGAGCCUCACCUGCAAGAUCAAGAUUCCAGAAGGGAUUCGUGCCUUUCACCUGCCAACCCAGAAGCACAAACUGCAAAUGAUAGAACGGGGUCUGCCUCACUAACUGUCGUGAAAUUGUCUAUUUUACUCAAUAACAUCCCUGAUGAAAGCCAUGUGGAGACCCUGAAUGUGUUCCUUUCUCCUUUUGAUGUCAUAAACUAUCUCGCUCUCAUACAAGCCUCAGGAAGGAUAUGUGUGGCUCAGUGGGGAGGCCCCCCACAGCUGGGAUGCUUAUUUUCCCAUGGAGAUCAUGUUUUGGCCGUGAAUGGAAUGAAGCCCCAGAGCCUGGAAGAGGUGUCCUUGUUUCUCACCAGGUCUAUUCAGAAAGAGAAAGUAAAACUCACCAUAGGCCGGAUCCAAAAUUCAGAGAAAUUCCACGCUAUGUCCUGUACAUGUUCCUUAAAAAAUCAAGGAGAUGUACCUGUUCCGAGGGAUGAGUCUGAGCUGGAGAAGACACUGCCAAAGAGGAGCCCAGCAUUUAAGAAGGUCCAGAGGAAGGGAGCUGGAGAGUAGCCAGCCUGCUGCGGGUCCCUGGCAGCAGGAGGAGAAUGGAGCCCUGGUGCGACCUGGGCUCUGCUAUUCACAGACUUGCGACGUAAAACAAGCUCACACACCUCUCUAAGUCACUGUAUCUGCAUCUUAACAACGGGGCUGACUAUCCCCUCUCUGGCCACUGCAUCAGGGAUGCUGAAAAGGUCCAGUGGGACAGUGAGUAGGGGUCACAGUGAAGACGGAAGGCCUUAUUAUCUGAGACUGUCCCACACAGCACAGGCAUGGGUUGGGUAAGUCCUUCAUCGAAGUAAGACACAGUGUACUCUGUGAGGUCAUGGUCUAUAUAAUCAUUUUUUUGUUAAGAAACAAACACUUGAAACCCGUCACUCCAGGAAGGCAAGAUUCCCAGAAAGAUGUGAGACCACUAGGCCUGCCCAAACAUGUCCUGUGACCAUUCAACCCCCAGAAUCUAGAACACAAGGGCAGGAUUGGCCUCUUGGAUUUAAAGCAUCUCUUUUCUUAAAGACCUAGUAACUAUUUUAGAAGUUGAAGCAGUUGUAGGAUUUAAAUCCAUGGUUGAUUUUCUUAUUUCACAAAUUAAAAGAGAACUACUUAGUACUUCUAAGUUGGAAUAUUCUUAGUUUAUUGAUGCCUGAAUAAAUUGACCCUGGAAGGUCAAAUGAAUCGAAUGGUUUUUCAUAAAUAGGAAGCCAAAGGCACUAAAACACUAAUCAAAUUGAGGAAGGUUAAAGAAAAGGAGAUCUUGGAAAGUCUGUCUUACUUGGUUUGUUAUUUCACAUGGAAGAAACCAAGGCCUAGAAUGGUGGCUGAUGUGCCCUCUGCGUGGUUACGGCUUUCACAGGUGUUCAGUAGCAAAGCCAAGAGCCUAAAUCAGCUCUGGAAAGCAGCUGACCUUCAAUUUCAAUUAGAAAGGAGCUUCAGGGCCAGCCAAAUAGCUCAGCGGAUUAAAGUGCCUGCAAGCAGGCGCAGGGGCCG